CUGACCACUAUGUCUAGCGCAAAAGUAUGGUUUGUCACUGGAGCCUCAUCUGGAUUCGGGCUCCAUGUCACCGAAUGCGCCCUCCGCCAUGGUGAUAAGGUUGUCGCAACACUGCGAAGGCCGCCCAUGCUUGCAGAGCUAGCGGCACAAUACCCUUCUUCGCAGCUGCUCGUCCUCAAGAUGGACGUCACCGAGGCAGAAGACGUCUCGAAGGCCUUUGCGGAUGCCAAGGCCCACUUUGGACGCAUCGAUGUCGUGUUCAACAACGCCGGUUUGGGUCACAUGGGGGAGUUGGAAGGCACACCGGAGGAGUUUGCGCGAGCUGUACUCGAAGUGAACUUCUGGGGCGCUGUCAAAGUGACAAAGGAGGCAGUUCGCUUCUUCCGAGAGGAGAACAACCCGCAGGGAGGGCUGCUACUCCAGAACUCAUCGAUGAUGGGCCUUAUCGCUAGUCAAUGCACCCCGUUCUACGUGGCAGCGAAGUGGGCUCUUGAGGGAGCGACCCAAUCGCUGUCAAUGGAGCUGGAUCCUGCGUGGAAUAUUAAGCUCAUACUGGUUGAGCCAGGAUGGUUCCGAACGGGAAUAGCAAGUGCCGCGCUCCGGGCACCCGUUCACCCAGCCUACAAAGAAAGCCCAGGAGUCGUUAAGUUUCGUGAGUGGGCUGCCACCAAUCCACUGGAGCCCGGAGAUCCAGCCAAGGCCGCGGAGGCGAUCUUGAAAAUCGCUGAUCUCCCAGAUCCUCCUCUCCGAUUUCCCCUUGGACGUGAUUGUAUUGCAUCUGUGAAGAACAGAGAUGAUAAGUUGCGGGAUGUGAUAGAAGAAUAUGGGCAUUGGUCGGAUGGGUUAGACGUGGAGUGAGGCUCGAUGAACGAAUGACUGUCAAUUUUCUGGCAGAGAACAAGACUGUAUGUGAUCACGUAAGGAAUCUUUUAUCAAAUUCGGAACGGUAUAUCAGG